GGAAAAAAUAUAUAUAUAAUGUCUUUUGGUGGCUGAAGAGAUGCCUCAGUGGGUAAGAGCACUUGCUGCAUGAGUACCUGAGUUUGGAUGCCAGCAUAAUAUAUACAAACACACAUACACAGAGACAGUCAGACACACACACACACAACUGUGCAUGGUUGUAACACUAGUGCUAUGAAGGCGAUCAUUAGGGCUUGCUGUCUGCCAGCCUACCUCCAGGUUCAAUGAGAGGCCCUAUGUCUAGUAAAUUUGGCAGUGAGGGAUGAAUAAAAUGCUGGUUGACUUCAUCUGGCCUCUGGGCAUAGACGUAGACACAAACAGACAGACAGUCUUAUAUUGUUUGAUUUUGUUUUUGAGACAGGGUGCCACUAUGUAGCCCUGGCUACCCUGAAACUUAUUCUGUAGACUAUAUUAGCUUAGAACUCAAGAGAUCCUCCUGCCUCUGCCCCCCAGGGGCUGGGAUUCGAGGUGUGCCCACGCCUGGCUCAAACACAUUUUUUUUUCUUAAAUUAUUUAUUUUUGGUAUGAGUACACUUCUUCAGACACACGAGGGCACUGGAUCCCAUUACAGAUAGCUGUGAGCCACCAUGUAAUUGCUGGGAAUUGAACUCAGGACCUCUGGAAGAUCAGUCAGUGCUCUUAACCUCUGAGCCCAGCUCAAACACUCUGUAAAAGGUGAGGAUGUGGCUAAAGGGCUGUUUUUCUCCCUAAGCAGAAGCUGAGGACCAGCACAAGAGCUCUAGUAAGAGGUGGAAGUUUGGACGGACAGGAGCUGCCUCACAAUUGUUCUCAGUUACCCCGCUCCUGAGGAGGCCUGACCAGUUAAAACUGCUUUGUAACCUUUAUCUCUAGAAAUAUCUUUUUCCUUGUCCUAAGUAGCUAUGUGCCAAGCUAUUAGAAUUCUCUAUUGUCUACCUUCAACUAAGUGUACUGUUCCUAUCCUCUGGAGAGUUUAUCUGUAUGGAAUGUCAGAAAUGACUUGCAUAGGAGAUACCAAUUUUAUGUUCUACUAUUUCACCUUAAGCUGCUUUAAGAGCCUUUAAUGUGUGUGUGUAUACACACAUUAUUAUGUUAUGUGCAUUGGUGUUUUGCCUACAUGUGAAGGUGUCAGAAGCCCUAAAAAUGGAGUUACAGAUAUAUGUAAGCUGCCACGUGGGUGCUGGGAAUCAAACCAGGGUCCUCUGGAAGAAGCAGCCAGUGCUCUUAACCACUGAACCAUUUAUCCAGCCUCUUAAACCUACGCCGUAAUCAUCCUUCAGUCUUAUCAGGCCCAGCACCACCAUGUUAUGUAGUCAUCUGUUGAAGACACUCUCUAGAGCCUUCUUGAUAUGUCACCCAGCUCUCAGUUUAACCUCCAAAAGAGUUCUUCCAUCUAGGUGCUCUUUCCAUUUCUUCUCACACUUCUUGCCCAAACCACUUUUCCCAUCUGAUCUACAAUGUGGCCUCCCAAACUGUUAUCCUCAUAUCCACUUCUAUCUGUACCCACAAUGCCCUCCAAAAUACACAUCAGACCCAUAAGCACCUGCAUAGAAUUCUCCAUUGGUUUCCCACUGUUCUGAGUGAACACCAAGACUCUACCCAGGUCUCUGAGGCCACUGACCUUGCCGGUCUCUUCCAUACCCAUCUCUGUGCUCCAGCCACACUCACUUCUCCCAGCUCAGGCAUUCAACUGUGCAUCAGGCACCUCUCCUAUGUCCUAUACACACUUCACAACCAACAAAUAUUUCCAAUGAAAACCUUCAGCAACCCACUGCACUAGCCAGAGUCUCCUUUAUAUGUUCAACACCACACACCUUCCUUCUAGGAGUCACCCAUCACAAGUUUACAGUCACUAGUAUAAUUCCAAACAUACCAUCUCAUGGCAUUAAAACAUAUACUCUAUUAAACAUGGAUUCACAGGCUGAAGAGAUUGCUCAGAGGUUAAGAGCACUGGCUUUUCUUCCAGAGGUCCUGAGCUCAAUUCCCAGCAACUACUUGGUAGCUCACAAACAUCUAUACUGGAAUCUGAUGCCCUCUUCUGGAAUGCAGACAGAAUAUUGUAUAUAUAAUAAAUAAUUUAUUUAGAAAAAGUAUUUCUAGAAAAACAAACAAAAACAUGGAUCCUCACUUACAUCUUGGAUUUAACGAAUUUAGAGCAACUCCACUAAAAUGUAAAGUCUUAAGGGCAGAGGUAACUCAGCACAGCGGCUCAACACUGCAAUCCUAGCCCUGGGAAGAUGGAGAUAGGAGUAUGAGGAGCUUGGGUCACUGUGGGCUGUGUAGUAAGUUCCAGGUCAGUCUGGGCUGCAGAGACUCUGCCUCACAAAUGAAGCAGUAAAUGAGCUACUGAGUGGAUUAAGGAACUUGCCUUCAAAUCUGAGGACCUGCAUUUGACUCCUAGGACCCACACAGCAGAAACAGAACUGAUUCACAACUUUCCCCUGUUUUCCCCCCACACAUGCACUGUAGCACAUGCUCUGUCAUCCAAAUGAGUAAUAGACAUUAUAGAAAAAUUAAAGUGGGGCAGGUCAUUGACUUGGUUUUGGCAAGUCCUGCCAAACUCGGUGGCCUCUGAUAAGGCCUCCUUAUAAAGAAAACACAAUUUAGAGCUGGAGGAGACUCUGAAUAUCCCCCAAAUGUUCCCGAAACCUUCUAUGAGACAGGUUAUCACUUUAUAGUAAGGCUGGCUAGGACUCGCUCGCUCUAUACCCCACUCUAACUCUAGCCUCAAACCUACAACCAAACAACCCUCUUCCCUCAGCCUCCCAAGUGCUAGGAUUAUAGCCAUGUGCCAAGGUUGGUUGAGACAGUGGCUUGGGUGGCUUGGACUGACUGGUCCUGAACUCCUGAUCUUCUUGCCUCCAUCUCCAAGUGCUGGACUUAAAGGAAUGCCACUUCACACAUCGGCACUCCUCUCUUAGCAUGUGAGAAAGGUCAGACAGAGUAAUUGUAAAUGGUGUGUCAGUCCCACAGCUGGCUUCAGAUGAGCCAACUAAAUCCCAUCUGUCCUCCCUAGAAGCACAGUGCCUGCCACAGAAAGCAGUGUUUUCAUACCAACCUUCCCUGAAAGUGACUAAAUCAUCAAGAUUCAAACCUCAUCUUAAGAAUAAACAGUGGUGCCUACUGCCUGCCCUAUAAAAUUCCUCGACUUAGAGUCAGGUGUUCUUAAUUUGGCAUAUGCCUUUAAGUUUGGAGGCAAAGGCAGAUAGAUCUCCGAAAAUUCAAGGCUAUCUUGAAUCAAGUUCCAUGACAGCCAAAGCUACAGCGGGAGACCCUAUCUCAAAAUAAAUAUAUAAAUUAGUAAAUUGGGCAUGGUGGCAUACACCUUUAGUCCCAGAACUUGGGAGGCAGAAGCAGGUGAAUUUCUGAGUUCAAGACCACAGAUUCUAGAGUGAGUUACAAGAGAGCCAGGACUACACGGAGGAAACACUAUCUAAAAAAAUAAUAAUAAUAAUAAAUAAAUAAAUACUUUUUUCUCUUCAUCUACCAUCCAAAGCCUUUCGCUACAGGCAGUUCCACAUCUGGCCCAUCCUGAGGCCAGGGCUUCCUAGUUAACUUUCUGUACAGGAAUUGUUAGAUUUCUCUCAUUUUAUUCAAGAUGAUCCAAAGUUCACUCUGUUUUACUUUCACAUUACCGCACACCCGAGCACCCACACCCGCACACCCACACACUCUGUCCUCUUAGGACCAAGCACACCACUUGGCAGUCGCUUGUACCUCUGUGAAUGUUUACUGGGCUUCUGAGAGUGCCUGCCUUUCCAAUCCAGUGUGCUACAUUUUGGAAGUGAGCUUUCUUUCUUUCCCCAUUUCAUAAUGUCUGAGGACAUGGGAGGCACAUGAGCAUGCAGAGGCCCAAAGCUGAUGUUAGGAAUUAUCCUUUAUCCUUCAUCAAUCUUUUACCCUAUUCCUUGGGGAGAGCCAGGUCUCCCAACCAAACUCGGAGCUCACUGAUAAAGCCAGUCUCACUAGCUGUCAUACUCUGGUGAUCCAGUCUCUGCACUAAAGGCUAGAAUUACAAGGAGCUGAGCAUUUUGUAUGUUCUGGGGAUCUGAACUCCAAUCCUUCUGCCAUUGCAGCAAGCACUUAAGCCACUAAGCCAUCUCGACAGCCUAGGUUUUCUCUUUCUCAAACUCCCCAACUGUCUAGACAGGGUGGCCCUCCACCUGAAGUGCUUUGAUGACACCAUCUCAUCCCUAACCUUGGUGGAUUUUUGGAUACUACCUAAAAUACUGUUUGCACUCAUUUGUUUGUGUAAAUUCUCUUGAGUAUAAUCGGUAAUAGAAACAUGUAAAAUAGAGAUCCUUUACCUUGGUGGAAGGCAGCAGGUAUCAAAUACUCAUAUGGGAAAAGUUACAUGAUAGAAAGCUAACUGUAUGGAGACUUCUGGACAGAAUUCAAACCCUGGCCCAUUUUACUCAGUUACCCAGGGAAGACAGAGGGAUGGGAUGAAUGGAAAUGACCAUGGACCUUUUAGAGUCUUCCCUCCCUCCCCCUGUGCUGUCCUUUCUUUUCUGCUCCUCUCACCUGCUGCAAUACCAAUACAACUUUGGGACGGUAACACUUCUGAGUGGACUCUGAAGUGACCAGUGCAAAAGGACAGUAGAAAGAAAGCUAAAGACAAGCAGAUUUGUCAGUCUUCCCCGGAACAGAACACACAUUGUAGGGCAGGGGAGAGUCAAUACUGAGACUAUUGGCCAUCUAGUCAUCAUAUAUUCAGGGAGACCAAUGGAAGCAUCCUGAUACAAGAUGUAAUCAAUUCUCAGCCUUCAGAUCUAAGGGGUAGCUCAGAACUGAGCACUCAGAAGAACAGGGAAAAAGACAAAAAUAGAGAGACAGGGAAGAGAACAGAGAUCACGGCUAACAGUAAUGUUUGCUGGGUGCAUAUUAUGAGCCAGAGUCACACCACAUGUCCAUUUAAUCCUCACAACCUUCUGAGAAAGUAUCCCCAUUUCAUGGAGAAGCUGGGGUUCUAACAGGUUACUUCGUGGCUACAGUUCUCAGAGAUUAAACGGCGGAGGCAGGUUUGGAAUCCAAGCAGUCCGACCCCAUAAAGCUGCCUCCCAGAAAGAAGGAUGGCACAGAUGACAUUUCUUAGCCUCAUUUUUUUUAAUCCCAAUCCUGAGAUUCUGAGACAACCAGGUGAUCCUAGGUAGGCCUGGACUGACUUAUUCACCAAAGGAACUGUAAGAAAAUGAAGGCUAAGAGGCAUAUUUCUCAAAGAGAGGCAGCCAUCAUCAAAAAGAAACGGGGUUGGCAGAGUAGUUCAGCACUACAGUUCUUGCCGGCAUUAACAAGGCCCUAGGUUCAAUGCAGAGCGCUGCAAAGAACAGCUGAGCUCUAGCACCCUGUUGUCUCCACUGACCUGCAGAGCCCAAAUAGGUCCAGCCCCUCCCCCACCUACUUCCUAGCCUCUACUCUGGUGUGUAAGCCCUAGCAUUUCUUCUGCUCCCCACAAAGAGCCUAGAGAUCUUUCUAGAAUACAACAUUUUGCUUCUGAUCCUCCAUCACCUCUUCACUCUCCCGAAGAAACAGAAUGUUGUUACUUCUGGUUCUCAUCGUUUUUGAACUUCCAGGGUUCAACUUCCUCUAUUUAUAGAGUUCUCCCAUUUCUCCAACGGGAUUCCCAAGGCCCAGGCCUGCCAGGACCCAGCCUUGCAAGCUUUAAAUCUCUUAUCCGUAAAUCCCGAGAAAUUUUCCCCAGUCAAGCUGAAGGUCUCCACUCCAACAUCCUCCUGCUUGACGCAUCCUAGAACCCCUUCGCCUGAAUUCCCUCCUCAAAUCCCGCCCCCUUCUGCAACGGAUGGAGAGUCCGUUUAUCAUACUGCCCAUUUUCCUUUUUAAAAGUCAAUGGGAAAUUCAAGGCCCAGAGAAAGGUAGUGACUUGCCCAAGGUCACACAGAGUUACCACAGUCUGUCUGAAGGCAGAGCCAGGGUUGGGACCCAGGGGCCUCUGCUCCUCCGUUUCUUGGACUACUCCGGUUCUGAGGUGGAAACCAGGAGCAUCUCUUUCCUCAGAAGUCCCUCCUAACCUCGGGAGACAGGUUUUGAGAACGGAUGGGAUAUUUCCACCCAGCUCUCGGACAUCUUGGACAAUGUCAACUGUGCCAUCAACCGCUUCCAGGAAGAACUGGGAUAUGACUUAAAAGAAAGAGCGAAGCCUCACCAACCAGAGCAGAAAGGCAAGAAGAGGUUCAUCUUGCUGGAGAAACUCGCCGCCUUCUCUGAUGACGCCAAGGCCAAGGAGAAGCACCUGUAUGAGAUCCUCCACUGGCUGGGCGAAUGGGGGAAGGGAACGAGGCUCAAGAGAGCGAGCUGUCCGAUAGCCAGAGUGCACUGAAACCACCCCGCCCUCAGGUCUGCUACACCCCCUGUGCUAUGUGGGGGUCUCUAGAGGACAAACUGUUCUCAGCCUGACCCCCGUCCCGCUCAGGUGACAGUCUGACUUAUGAGAUAAAGGACAGGAGUUCGGAGGAAGACGAAGCCCUAGACGAAUGGAUCGAAGUGAUGGAGAAGGUGUUGCCUCUUUCCCUCAUGGCCACCAAAGGAGGCAUCGAGUCUCUCAUCUCUCUGUGCUCGACUCUCAUCGAAGACCAGAAGAAAAUGACACAAAGGUACAAACAUAACUUCUGGCAGGACUGGCAUGAGAAGAGCCCACAGAAUAAGGAGCAGGGAAUCCCUGUGCCACCGAGCCCGGAGCAGAUGCUCCAGGACAAGAACACCGCCCACCUGAACGUCUCGGAGGUCAGGUCCAUGCUACAGGAGCUCCUGGACUCCACGAUGUUCAACAAAGGGGAGGUUAAAGCCAUCAGGUACAUGUCCGCCGUGGUGGAGAACCUCAACAAGGCCUUGACCCUCCAGCACAAGGAGAACAAGAGUCUGGAGACAAAGUACAAGUACCUGCAGGUGGAAAAGAACAAAGAGCUCAGCACCCAGAGGCUGCACUUCCAAAAAUCCAUCCAAGUCCUGGAGAGCAAAAGGGACGCGCUGCUGAAACAGGUAAAGAUUCUAGGGGACAAAUACCAUCACCUCCUCAUGUUAAAGCACACCCUGGAGUUCCAGCUGAAUAUAGCCCAGCCUGCUAGUGGUCCAGAAGAACCCACCAAGCAUUUCAUUCAUUACCUGGAACCCCCUGAAAAAGAGCCCCUUCCAGGGCAGGGUACAGCCCUGGAGAAGGAGAAGCAGGAGCCCAAGGAGAAAGGACAGGCAGUUUCAGCUCUCUUUUCAAGUCCCCUGACCAAGGCCUGGCACAGUGGCACUACACCUGCAGCCCCAAAGCCAAUCUUCGGCACGGACACGGAUUCGAGGGUGAGGGAUGUGUUCGUUGACCGCACAGAGGCCCUGGAGCCUGUGCUGCUGCACUCAGAGGUCCCCCAGAUUCCCACACAAUGGGAGAAACUAGGGGACAUGAAAGACAAAGACCAGGGGGAUCACAUCCAAGAGGAGGGAGCCCAAAGCAAGUCCCUGUCCCCAGGGAGCAUCAGGAGGAGGCUUCUGGAGAGCCACAUGGGGCACUGGGAGGAAGAGCUCAACUGGGAGACCAGAAGGCAGCAAUGGCUGCAGGAGGAAGAGAUGUGGCUUCAGCGGCAGAAGAAGUGGGCCCUGCUGGAGCAGGAGCACCAGGAAAAGGUGAGGCAGUGGGAGGCAGAGGCGGCUGCCAGGCAGCAGUGGCAGAGGCUCACCCAGCCAGAGGAGGAGAAGCCCAGCCCCAGGAAGGAGCAGAAGGCAAGCUCGGAGAUGAUCUUCACCACCACCAGUCGGUGGAAGAGCCUGAAGAAGUCGGAGUCCACGCCGACGCCCCACUGCAGGGCCCAGUCCGCGCAUCAGAGCAGGUCGUACAUACUCGCAUCCCCACACACCCAGCAGCCUGGGCAGGGGACCCAGAGGACCCUGGGUUCAGCUGAGUUUCUGCAAAGGCCACCGACCCGCCAGGUUUCUGCGAAGCCCAAGAAAUCCACCUCCUUGCCAGUCACUGGGACGUCCAUCCUCCGAAGGGUGUCCCAGGUCUCUCUGCAGCAAGCCCCGGGGACACCUAAGGACAAGGUCUACCACAUAGACAUGGAGGCCCAGCUGAAGAACCUGCAGGUCCUGGGCGGUUCGGAGUCAGAGGUGGCACUGCCACAGUACCUGCGCAGCAAAGCCCUGGAGGUCAUUGCCAUCGCCAUGGACCUGAGCAUUCUCCGGCUGCAGUACCUAUGCAAGAAGUAUAUCCAAUACAGGCGCUUCCAGAGCCUCCGACUAGAAAUGAUCAAACACAUAGGAGCCAUUCGACAAACAAGAGUUACCAGUAAGGCCCAGAACCUCUAUCUGUUCCUGGAGAACAUUGACCACCAGCAGAGCCUCAGGCUGCAGGCCUGGGCAGACAAGCAGAGAGACCUGGAGGAAAGGCACCAGGAAUGCCUGCACACCAUGGUGGCCAUGUUCCCUAAGCUCCAGCAAGAGUGGAACGUCCACCUGAGCGUCCCCGUGCUCACCCAUGUGAAGCCAGUGAAGAGCAAGUCAUCUUCAGUCUUGCUUCAGAGAGUCCGCUCCAGCCACUCCACCACCAAGCACCGUCCUCCACCUAAGCCCCGGGAGUCUGUGCCCCUGCCGAUAACUGGCCAACAAGGGAGCCAGAUGGAAGCCAUAUGGAAGGCUGAUGUGGCCUCUUCGAGUCACCCCAUAGAAAAGAAGACCCCUACAAACAUGUGCUGGGAACAACUAGGGGGCUACCCAGACAUCCCCAGGUUACUGGUGGUGGACGAGCAUCCCUCCUGCCCCAGAAGCUCGGUGUCCUUCAAGGCUCGCUCUUUCAGUGCUUCCUCGGUCCAAAGGAAGGAAGGCCAGGAACCCUCAGAGGAGCUAGCUGGGCCUGUCUGCAAAAUGUCCAGCCAGUCACUACCCGGAUCGAUCUGUACAAAGCAGGAAGGAUCGGGCAGCUCCAGUACCCACUCCAUCCCUUAGUUAGCGACUCUCAAACUUCUGGGCCACUAGCAACUGCACAGCGGCUUGUUCUAAUCCUAACCCUAACCCAAUUCGGGAUCCCAGCUGGUGCUCUUAAACACACACAGUUGUUGCGAAGUUGUUCCAGAACUUUGGGAAACUCUAUUUUCUUUUCUUUUCUUUUUUCAGUCCCCAAACUAUUAGUUUGUAAUAAAAUAAAGGUUGGUUUAUUUUAU